UAUGCAAAUGAGCAUCCGCCGGCCGAAUCCACUCGGGUGCCCGAACCGCACAUCGCCGCACUCGCGUUGUGGGCCAGCAAGAAGACGCUCGUCGCUUCCAUUCUCGCCCCAAAAACAAAAAAAAAACAUCACCUGUCUCGACAAACAUGGCUUCGAAAUGCCCAAAGUGCGAGAAGACGGUCUACUUCGCCGAGAAGGUGUCGUCACUGGGCAAAGACUGGCACAAGUUGUGCCUAAAGUGCGACCGAUGCAACAAGCUGCUCAACGCCGGAGGCCACGCCGAGCACGACGGAAGGCCCUACUGCCACAAGCCGUGCUACGCCGCCCUCUUUGGGCCAAAAGGCGUGAAUAUCGGCGGCGCUGGGUCCUACGUGUACGACGCGCCGGCCAACAACAACAACAACGUGUCACCCGCCGGCGGGGACGGCGCCCCCCGGCAGGUCGAGGAGAAGAAGACCUUCGUUGCCAAGCCGCCGUCCAAAGCUGGCGGCGUCACCACGUUUUCCGGCGAGGCCAACUUGUGUCCCAGGUGUAACAAGAAGGUCUACUUCGCCGAGAAGGUGACAUCGCUGGGCAAAGACUGGCAUCGCCCGUGCCUCCGCUGCGAGCGCUGCAGCAAGACUUUGUCCGCUGGCGGCCACGCCGAGCACGACGGCCAGCCUUACUGCCACAAGCCGUGCUACGCCGUCCUCUUCGGGCCCAAAGGCGUCAACACGGGCGGCGUGGGCAGCUACAUCUACGAGCCCGCCCAGUGAGGCGGCUUUUCCUCCUUUCCGCCGAGACCACCCCGACCCCCUCCUGACCCCGACCCGCCCCCCACCCUCGUCGCCAUCUUGUUCCUUUUGAAAAAUCCCAACUCAUCCGCGCAGCUGUUUUUUUUUUUUUUUCCAUAAUUACGAGUUAACACUUUCUCACGACCAACUUGCGUUGCCAUUCCUUCAGAAAAAAAAAAUUCAUGUGGUUUUGCGGACGGAAAAGACGGGAGAUCGUUACAUUGUCAUUAAAACGUGUAUUGUUUUUUUUUUUUUUUAAGGUCAUAUUUAAUAGUUUUGACAGCCUGACAACAUGAAAAAGUUGACUGUUACAGCACAGUGGCCUAGUGGCCUGCAAGUCUGCCUCACACUGCUUUAAAAGGUUGAAAUCCCGGCUCUCUGGCUUUCCUUUUUGGAGGUUGCAUGUUCUCUCCGUGCCACAUUCCAAAAGUCAGCCAGGGUACACAAAAAAAUAAUUAUUAUUAUUCCUGUCAUCAUUUCAAAAUGUUAAGAAACAAAAAAAUUUAAAAAAUCUGUUUGACGACAAAGUGUUCUGUUAGCGUAGCUCGUAGAAACACUGCAUUGUUUUGAUGUUAGUUUAGCGUCGCAUCCGAGACACACUCGCUACGUAGCAUAAACAUGUUUUAUUAUUAUUAAUAUUCAUGGUAGUCAUCUGUUUUUAGGAAGAUUGCUAUGUCUGUUGCAAUAAAUCGACACUACGUGCACCGUG